AUGCUUAAAAAGUACGGAGGCUCAGUAGUUUGCCUGGAUGCAACGCACAAGACGAGUGACUAUGCCCUACCACUUUUCUUGCUUGUCAUGAAAACACCGUCGGGAUACACACCAGCUGGUGUGUUUAUCAUACAGUUCGAGACGGCCCACUGUAUCGCUGAGGCUUUAGACGUUUUCAAGCAGUGGUGUGACAACUGGUCCCCACAAUACUGGAUGGUGGAUUAUAGCAAGGCAGAAAUAAGUGCCAUCAAGCAAGUGUUUCCAGAGAGUCAAAUCUCCAUCUGUGACUUCCAUAGACUACAGGCAUGGCAGAGGUGGCUGCGCAGAAAGGAAAACAACAUAUCAGAUCCAGGUGAGGCCCUGAGACUUAUGAAACAUGUAGCCAGUGCUUCAAAUCAGCAUGACUUUGACAAGGAGGUUGAAGUCCUUGUUGACUCUGAGUAUUGGAAAAACGAAAGAUUCCGCAGUUACUUUGAAGAAGUGUGGCUGUCAGUAAAGGAGCUGUGGGUCAUGUCUUACAGGCUGGAGUUUGACGUUGUGUUGACCACAAAUAACGGCAUUGAGGCCCAAAACUGCGUGUUGAAGGCACAGUACGUGAAAAGUUCCAGCGGGAAACGGUCGUUAACAUCCCUGAUCAUGACUGUCGUUCAUGGCUACCUUCCCGACAAAAAAGCGAAAUUCCGUGAGGCAGCAAGGAGGCAGUCAUCAGCGUACGACAGUACAGUGAAAAUUUUCCUGCAUACCUGCACAACCGGCCUCAUGGGUUCGUUAAGCAUAUGCUGA